AUGAGAUCUAUUGGAGAGAUUGUAUCUAGUGGUGAUGAAAAAUCUGUGUCAUCAGACAAUAGUUCAGAUAGUACUGAUGGACUUUCAGAACACUCUGGAGAUGUUACAGAUGGUUCAGAUGAAACUGUGCAAGAACAGGAUAUUGUAUUUGACAAAACACCAUCGAAAAAAUGGAAAAACUGGAAGAGGAACAAGAUGAAAAAGAUAAACAAUCUGAAUUUGAAGGUAUCAAUGGCAUCAGAUCCGAAAACUUUGUGUUCAGUGAUGUCUCGGGUGCAAGCCAAACAACGAGCGGGACGAGCUGGGAGAACGAGACCGGGGAAGUGUUAUCGUUUAUACCCAUUGGUUGUUUAUCAUGACAAUUUGCUGGAUGCUACGGUGCCUGAAAUACAACGGUCUUCUCUAGCUGGAAGUGUUCUUUAUUUGAAAUCACUUGACCUUCCCGAUAUUGAUGUUCUUAAAUUUGAUUUUCUUGAUCCACCUUCACUUGAGUCUUUACAAGAUGCUCUUAAACAAUUGUUUCUAAUUGAUGCUAUAGAUGAAAAUGGCACCAUCACGAGAAUAGGAAAAACUAUGUCAGAGCUUCCUUUGGAACCUUCACUAGCAAGGACUUUGAUCGAGGAAAAUAAGUAUGAUUGUUUGACCCAAGCUAUCACAGGAAAGAAUGGUUUGUCUGUAGUGGUAAUCAUUGAGGCUGAAGAUUUGGUGAAACUAUCAGAGCCUUGCGAUUUGGAUAAAUCUUUUGCAAUUAGCCAAUCAAUACAAGAUGACGAAGUUGAAGGUGGAUUAAUUGCUUUAUACGGGAACAUCAAGAAAGCUGUGGAAGUUAAUUCAUCAAACAAGAAUAUUACACUUAUAAUUGAUGAUAUUUCUCUUCUGGAAGUGGCUGCUAAUGGUUCUACAAAAGACAUUCUAAAUUUGAUGCAUUACUACCAUACAUUAACCACACAGUUUAGGGUUGUACGAUAAUUACUAUUCUUCAUGAGAACAUUUAUUCAAGUGAAGAUGGAUUUACAUUUCCUUUACAAAUGGAGUACCUUGCUGACAUCACCAUAAACCGAGCCUUUGAUAACCGGGUUGGCAGCAGAUGUUCACGGGCAG